AUGGAGCCCAAUCUUCCAAUUCCAGAUAACUAUUUUUCUAGUUACGAAGACUUAGAGAUACACAGAUUGAUGUUGGAAGAUGAACCUAGAACAUCCACUUACCGCAAAGCAAUUUUAAACAACAAGGAAUAUUUUAAAGAUAAAGUCGUUAUGGACGUCGGUUGUGGUACCGGUAUUCUGUCUAUAUUUUGUGCUCAAGCUGGAGCUAAGAAAGUAUAUGCAGUGGAAGCAAGUAAUCUUGCAAAUUUAGCAAAGGAAAUAAUCAAGGAGAACAAAUAUGAAAACAUUAUAGAGGUUAUUCACAGUAAAGUUGAAGAUGUUCUUUUGCCAAGUAAUAUUAAAGUAGAUGCCAUUGUAUCUGAGUGGAUGGGCUUUUACCUUCUACAUGAAGGUAUGCUUGAUUCUGUAGUUUUCGCUCGGGAUAAGUUCUUGAAAGAAGAUGGUGAGAUGUUCCCACAAAAUGCUGUUAUAUAUGUUGCUCCAUGUAGUGUUCCAAACUUAUAUGAAAAAUGGGAGGAAUUCCACGGAGUGACAAUGUCAACAUUUUCAAAGCAUUUACGGUCAGACAAAAGCCACAAACCUGAGAUUAUGCAAAUAAGAAGUGUGGAUUUGUUAGGUGAAGAAGUUGCUUUAAACUGGAUUAAUUUAAGGGAUUGUACAGUUGAAGAAUUGGAUUCCUACUGUGUUCAACAUGUGGUUGGUGCAAACAAAAAUGGUAGAUACCAAGGAAUAUGUAUUUGGUUUGAAUGUAUAUUUCCCGAACUUUCAAGUGAAGAGCGAGUGAUUCUAAACACAGGACCAAUUGCUGAACCAACGCAUUGGAAACAAACAGUAAUAUUGUUGCCUGACGAACAAAGAGUAGAAGAAAAGGAACCAAUAGCAUUUAAAUUAGAUAUGAAUAGAGACGGAAAGAACUCUAGGAGGUACAACUUGCAAUUAACACUUCUCGAUCCAGAAGAAAUUGAACAUCCUGUGCCUUGCUGCUGCGACAUGACCAAAUGUAUACUGAUCAAUGCCGUUAUGAAACAGCAAGUUAAACAUGCGAUGGACCAAAGGCAAAUUGUGAAUGAUAGUGUUUUAGAGGAAGAGCCGAUUGAUGAUGAAUAA